AUGCUGAAAAACGAUGACAGCUACGAGAGAGAUAUUCACCAAAGAUGCGCUGAAGCUAAUUCGGCAUUCAACUCAUUGAUCAAGUGUUUAUGGUCGAUCUCAAUCGCCAACGAAGUCAAGCUGCAAGUUCACCCAUCCACAAUUCCCCCUAUGAUGUACAGAUCGGAGACUUGGGCAGCGCCGUCGGCGGUGAUGGAGAAGCUUGACUGCAUAAAGAGAAGACUGUUUAGACGACUGUUAGGCUACUUUUGGCCAAAGAUUGAAAAAAAUAAAGAUGAGUAUAUUCUAUGCAAAUUCUGGCUGAAGAUCGAACAGGAUGGGCUCGGAUAUGGUCGAGGAUAA